AUGAGUGCCAAUGAGUUUGACAUUCAAUGAAAACAAUUAUUGUAGACAUCAUGUGAUGGUAUGUGUUGUCAUCGUUGGCAUCACUGAUAUAUUGUCACUGAUUUGUCUGACAAAUGAUUGUUUGCAAGUGUUUGUGAUAUACAGACAAACAAUAUGUCGGCGUAUAAAGUGUUGACUUUAAUUAAUAGCCAAUACUUUAGACCAAUAAUCAAAUCAAUAAGAUCUUCAGUAAUAUGUGUCAAAUCACAUACAAUUGAGUACAACAAUCACAAGCCGUGGCUAAUCAUCUCAAGACACUUGUCGUCGUCGGCAUCAACGGAGGGUAAUAGUGGUCGACCAAAGACAGAGCCAUUGAAGGGAAGCUUUGUUGACGACAAUCCCAAACUAAGUCAUCGCGAAAGACUUAAGAGGAUUAUCCAAAACUAUGGGUCGACUGCUAUUGUUCUUCAUAUUGUGCUUUCGUUGAUAUCUUUGGGUACUUUCUAUACCAUUAUAUACCUGGGCUUUGAUGUGACAAAACUGCUGGAGAAUGAGUUCUUCGAGAGGUUCGGCGAGAAUGUGACCAAAAUAAUGGCCGGUUCGGGCACUUUUGCCGUGGCAUACGCUCUCCAUAAGGUUAUUAUGCCGUUAAGGAUCACCGCAACCAUUAUAUUGACACCAAUUAUCGUCAACUUUUUUAGACGACACGGCGUUAUGAAGAAAUGGAAAUAUGUGGGCAAACAAUGGUAGACAACAACUAAUUAUCAACAUUUUGGCAAAAAAUUCAAAAAU